AAAAAUCAGUUUCUUGGAUAUUAUUUUUGGUGAAACAUGAAAUCGAAUGUCCAGUUUUGUGAAGUGUGAUUAGAGAUAAAUUCUUAAUCUUUACGUGGUGUUCCAAAGAUCUUUCCAACAGUGCGCAGUUUAUCGAUAGUUGAGAACAGAACUCCGAAAAGGAAAACCAUCAACAUCAACAUUGUGGUGUGAAAUAACUGGAUACCAAGUCGUUGAAUAAAUUAUUAGUGUGUUCCUGCAUUUUGACUUCUUUCAUUGGAUACAAAGGAUUAUCGUCGUCAUCAAUAAAUCACGGCCCAAACGACAGAUAAAUUGCAACUGGAAGUGGAAAUUGAGCUUUUGCGCACGCGGGGGGAAAACUUCGGUUAUGUAGCCCCAUAAUGGUUGUCUGUGACUAAAGACACCUACUCGUUUGCGUUGAUCCGUUUGCAAAAACUUCACACCACGGUCAGAGGGCUCCCUGACUGGUUGGCUGGCUGGCUGGCUUGCAGGUUGCGAGACAGAGAGGAGCCACUUGUCGUCGCUUGGCGACUGACCAACAAGACCACGUUCAAUUUAGUUUCAUUAGGUUUUUUUUUUCUUCUGCUGCCAUAGCUUAGCAGUAAUAGUUUAGCACUUUAACGGUGUCGCCAGCAUCAUCAUCACCAUCACUCCCAACAUAGGCUUCACAACAACUACAUCAACAAUGUCACAUCACAGCGACGAUCAGCUUCUGCAGGCCGGCAGCGAUUCCUUCUGGGAACCCGGCAACUACAAACGAACCACCAAACGGAUAGAGGAUGGCUACAGAUUAUGCACAGACCUGCAAACGCUGAUACAGGAACGAGCGGAAAUCGAGAAAGGAUACGCCAAAAAUCUGAAAGCCUGGUCGAAAAAGUGGGGCGAACUGAUUGAAAAAGGUCCAGAGUAUGGCACAACGGAAGCCGCGUGGAAAGGAAUCCUCACCGAAGCGGACCGGCUUUCCGAUCUACACCUAAAAGUUAAGGAUAACCUCUGUACCGACGUGAUGCAUCAAAUCAAAGUAUGGCAGAAGGAUAAUUACCACAAGACGAUGAUGCACAUUAAGGAGCGAAAGGAAAUGGAAGACCAGUUCAAAAAGGCACAGAAACCCUGGGCGAAGCACCUGACGAAGGUGGAAAAGUGCAAAGCCGACUACCACGCGGCCUGUAAGACGGAGCGGUCCGCAGCCAAUCAGGAACGGAAUGCCUCCAGCGAUUCGUCACUAUCCAAUGAUCAGCUGAAAAAGAUGCAGGACCGAACGGCACGCACCAAGGACGAGGUGAGCAAGUGCCGGGAAAGGUACGAGCAAGCCCUGCAGGAAAUCAACAAAUACAACCCCGUCUACAUCGAGGACAUGACGUCGGUGUUUAUCAAGUGCCAAGAGAUGGAAGAGACCAGGUUACGCUUCUUCAAGAAUGUGCUAUUUUCGAUACACAAGUGUUUGAACAUCUCGGAGGAUCCGAGCUUACCGCAGAUCUACAAGGAGUUCCACCACACCGUGAACAAUGCCGACCACCUGAAGGACCUGAAGUGGUGGUCGAACAAUCACGGUGUCAAUAUGGGUAUGAGUUGGCCGACGUUCGUGGAGUACACGGAAGAAUUCCGCGACAUUGCCAAGGGAAUCAAGUCGAAAGAAGCUUUGCCCGCUGCGCCGAUAACGCUCAUUCAUCAGCGACCCGUUGCCGAAGAUUUGCAUGAAUAUCCUCCACCGGCCAGCAACAAUACCAAGAACAGUAUAAACCGAACUUCGGCGUCGCUCAGUAUUAGCAAUUCGAAUAGCAAUGCCAACAACGGCAAUGCCCAGAGGGCCACCACGCCUAGUCAGGAAUCGCCCAAGUCGGAGAGCGCCUCAAUGAAGAACAGCAGCGAUACGGCGACGACUCCACCGAGGACCUCGCCUGCACGUACAGUUGGAGGUGGGACAGCCGUUGUAACGAAUGGUACCAACGGAAAGGCCAACGAUUCACAGAAUCCGUUUGACGAGGAAGAAGAGUGGGAUGAAGGCGAUGGGGCGGAUAACAUUCUGGUGGACAACGGUGAACCUGGCGUUCCGGUUAAGGCCCUGUACGACUACGAAGGUGCGGAAAGUGAUGAACUGACAUUCAAAAUGGGUGACGUAUUCGAAAAGCUCGAGGAUGAAGACGAACAGGGUUGGUGCAAGGGCCGCAAGGACGGCCGAGUCGGUUUGUACCCGGCAAAUUACGUCGAAGCGAUAGCGACGUAAACAAGCUUCGGGAGUCACGGACUACAUACGGAAACUACCCGCAAGUAGGGAGAUGCAUUACCGCCAGCAGUCGCCGGGAAGCCGUAACUCAAUGCCGGAACGAUUUGAAUGUAUGUACGUCGAGGUGGGUGAGUGUUGGUGUUACAUUUAUUUCAAAUUUACCACGGGAACACUCAAAAGUGUCCUUUCCGGGUUGAGGACUAUUUGGCGUAGAGUUGUAUAGAGAUGUAGAGUUGUAGAGUAAUUUUCUUUUCAAAGGAGAAAUAAAUUUUACAAAGCCUUGUCUGCCUUAUUUCAAAAGUAUUUGAACUGAAUGCUGAAGGAGCGUCCCAGAUAGUUAGUUCGAUUUUCAUGAUCGAUUCUUUCAAAAUCAGCUGUUUAAAAUUUUAUUUAGAUGUUGUGUAAGAUUUUGUUAAAAUAGUUCAUAAAAGUGGGAUUUGUGGAAGAUGAACAAAUGAGACUUGCAUGUCUUGUGUUGUUCAAAGGUUAUUUUGAAAUAUCGAUAUGCGAGUAUCUCAUUUGACGAAAAGUCGUUUGGCAUAAUGCCACUUCGUAUAGAAGUAAUUGGUCUCACAGCCAUUGGAAAGGAUCAUUUAUCAGAACGCUGCUAAGAUAUAACUUUGGUAGCAGCUCUAAUUAAAAUGAAAGUUAUAUUAUUGGUUUUAUGCUAAAUGAUCAUUAUAUCAAACGAUGUCAUGACAAAUGGGAUACUUCAAACUAUCGAAUGUUUAUAUUUUUACCAAAUUAGCUUUUAAUCUGUUCCGUACGUUUGAGAGGUUUGCGAAAUGUAAAGAUCGAGUCUUGAGUGAAAGUCGAAGGCAAUUUUUAAGCAACAAUUAUGCUCACACAUAUAAGUACAUACACCUAUAGGUUUGUCCGUAAGCUAGGGCGGUACUGACUGAAGCGUUUACGCGAAAGCAAAUUGUGGUUUUUUCAGGACGGAUCCCGUGUGGAGAUCGAAGGAGAUGAACAUAGUCACGUUUGUUGAAAUGUAGAUUUAUGACCUUAAAGUGUAGAAUAUACAAAAAUGAUAGAAUCAAAAAUUCAGAGCAUGUAUAAGCUAAGCUGCAUUUACGAUUAAUACAGUUUCAAAACUUGGAUGAAUAAACAGAGAACAGCGAGUUUUCGAUUCCCGGAACCUACACUCCCAUAUAUCCAAACGCUCCGCAUAUGACCAGUCCAGUUUCCUGCCUGCAUUUUGUUGCCGCAAUCGUAAUAAGAACCUAGCACUGAAAACAAUCGAUUUCUAACUACAAGGAAAAGCAUACAAAACAUUGGAAAAUUUGCCAAAAAUAAUGUUAUGGGACUAAAGUAAAACAAAAUACAAAGCAUCUUUACAAACAAAAAAAUACAACUGAAUCCACCAUCGAAUAUAUUGAACUAACACAAAAAUAUUACACGAUUAGCGAGUCUUAGGAUCGAAUCAUUCUUCUGUAGCUCUACGCUAGGUACCAUCGAAGUUUACGCUAAAUUAUACGAUUUUCGAAAUGGUUGGACAAGUGUUUCCUAAAAUUGUAGCCGAUUUUGUGAAACAUUCGUUCUAUUGUUUGAACAACACACGUUAAAGUCACAAAAACUUAUACACAACUGAACUUUGUCGAAAAAAAGAAGAAGAUACAUAUAUCUUUAGGGCAAUUUAAUGUUCAAGUUUCAGUAGGUCGAAACAUAUGCCAGCGGAGAAUCUCCCUUCGCCUGGCAAAACAUUCAAGAGCAAUUCAAGAACCGAAAAGUGACAAGGUUGCGAAUGUACACGUAUCAGCGAUAUGAUAAAACUACUCUUACAAAUGACGGGAAUUUGAGAGGCGAACGAAACCGGCAGCAGUUGAACCGAGAAUGUUAUUGUAAUAUAUUACGUUUGAGAAAUAUUCUAUGAAGAAAUCAGAGCAAAACAUAUUAGGACUUAGUAGACGACUAGGAGAUUUAAGUUAUUUAUAUACAUUACUAGUGAAGUUAAACAUA